AUACACACUUUUAUCGUCAAUUUUAUCGUCUGCCAAAAGGCGCGCAAAGUUAAAGUGCUGAAAAUAUGGACAUUUUGACGUGGAACAUCAACGGCAUUAGGGCUUCCAAGAUUCCUAUCAAAGAACUUCUCGAUUCACUGGGUGCGGAUGUCAUUUGCCUGCAGGAGACCAAAGUAACGAGGGACCUGUUAGAUGAUGCCAUUGCCAAUAUUGAAGGGUAUAGUUCUUACUUCAGCUACUCCAGAAAGCGUUCAGGAUACUCUGGGGUUGCCACUUAUUGCCGUGACUCUGUCGCUCCCGUGCGUGCUGAGGAAGGACUCACAGGCAGAAUUGCAAAGGCCAGUGAUAAUGGUGAUAGCGUUGGUUGCUAUGGUAGUCACACAGUCUUCACAGAUGAGGAACUUCAGUCAUUGGACAGUGAGGGGCGGGCGGUGAUGACACAACAUCGAAUAAGGACACCAGAGGGCGCUGUUCAUGACGUUGUUGUCAUUAAUGUCUACUGCCCACGUGCAGACCGGGAGAAUAAAGAGCGUAUGUCGUACAAGCUUCAGUUUUAUAACCUUUUGCAGCUCCGGGCAGAAGCUCUGGUUCAUGAAGGAAGGCAUGUCGUUAUCGUCGGUGACAUAAACGCAUCACACCGAAGGAUCGACAACUGUGACCCAGGCCCGGAAUUCGAACUCCAUCCCAGUCGUCAGUGGCUCGAUUCUUUCCUCUGCGAUGGUGUUCCUAAAAAAGAACCCAAAGAGUCAGAGACCUCCUCUAAAAAUUGCAAAGACACGGAGGAACUCCCCGCCUCCAAAGGUAAAUUCGUGGACACUUUUCGCCUCUUCCACCCCAAUAGGGAGAAAGCCUUUACCUGCUGGUCUACAAUGACUGGUGCUCGGCAGACGAACUAUGGAACAAGGAUCGAUUAUAUUUUCGCAGAUCUAGAUCUCUGUAGUAAGAUGAUCAUAAAUUGUGACAUUAUGCCGGAGGUGGAAGGUUCAGAUCACUGUCCGGUCAAAGCCAGGCUCAAAUGUGAACCCGUUCCAUCAGAGAAGCUACCCCAACUUAGCUCAAGCAACAUGCCUGAGUUUUCAGGCAAGCAGAUGAAGUUGAUGUCCUUCUUCCAGAAAUUGUCUCCAAGUAAAGUAGCCCUUGCUAGGCAAGCUGAAGCUGAUAAGAUAAGGGAUGUGCACAAAACAAGUCAGAGAAAAGUUGAUAACACUAAAUCAGGCUUAAAAAGGCUUGGUAAUGACCUGAGUAGUCAACAGGCCCAGAAAAAGCAAAAGACAGGGACUCGACAACAAAAAGGCAGUCUUAUGAACUUCUUUGUGAAAAAGAAACCACAAAAAGCUGAGGUGCCAGACUCUUCUAGUCCAGAUGUGCAGGUCCUAGACUCUGUAUCUAAAGAAGAACAAAACACUGAGAGCAAAUAUUCUGAAACAGCCUCUCAGGAAUCCCAAGUAUCAGCCUCUCAGGAGUCCCAUAUAUCUUCAGAGGGUGGACCAACCAAAGACUCACCUCCAAAAGAUCAACAAAACACAGAGAAGAAAAAUCUGACUUCUUGGAAGAAACUAUUCUCAGGUCCUCCUCCUCCACCGCGAUGCAAGGGACACAAUGAACCAUGUCUUCUGAGAACUGUCAAGAAACCAGGCCCAAAUCUAGGACGUAAAUUCUUUGUUUGUUCUCGACCGGAAGGGCACAAGAAUGAUCCAAAUGCAAGGUGUAACUCUUUCAGUUGGGUUGUGAAAACCAAGUUACUUGCUCCAAAUUGAAUCCAAGCUGAACUUAUCUUAGGGUAUCUCUAGUAGUGGCUGUGGCUACCGCUAGAUUACUUUAUACACAUGUACUCCGCAUUGCUGCUUAAGUCAAAGCCUGCCAUAGCCAAAGUCAUUCCAAUAAGGAUAUGGCUUACAAAUCGAGGGAGUCUGCAGUCAAUUAAAUUUAUUGACAACAAAGUUGAUUGUACCUGAGGGUGAUUCAAUUUGUCACAGACUGUUUAGAUUUGAUCAAUAAUAUUCCAAAAUAGUCUUCUGGUAAUAAUUUGUCAGUCUUCCAUGAAAGAUGAUGAGGUUUUGUGCAAGUGACUUUAUGAAGACUUACCCCCUCAUGUUUGAGGCGAUCAUCCUUAAGGGGUAAACCACAUGUGAGUCUAGCAGGUGUGGAGCUGUAUUUGUCAUGUUCAUGUGACACUACCUCGCUAGACAGCCAAGGGAUGUGUUUGAGAUGAGCGAUGAGCUUGUGUUUGGAUGAAAGAUACUGCUCAAAUGUGUCUCUUCAAUCAAAGUAAAAGGGUUUGGGUACUUUUUGUACGACACAAAACACAAGACGUACGUAUAGAUUUACAUUAAACUUACACGAUUUUAAGAUAAUGAUGUUGAAAGCUUCUUUUUAUAAUAAUACUUGCCAAGAUGCUUUGGUUUUUGAGAAAUGAGUAAAACAAUUUCAGAAAAAUGAUGUUCUUCUUAUGUACAACGAAUUUAUGCAAAUCUCCUGAAACAUUGCUCUGUGAUUUCACUUUGUACUUCUACAGGUAAAAAUAAUAAUAGUAACAACAACAAUAAUACAUUUUUAUAUGGCGCUUUAUCACAGCCCAAAGAGAUUUCAAAGCGCUUCCAAAAUUAUUACCCCCGGUCACCAGGCCUUAGAUCAUUCCCUAAACCAUGGAGGUAGAGAUAGCUUAAACCAUCUCAGCUCCAUGAUCAGUAUAUACCUGUAGGCAGUGCUGCUAGUUACAGCGCUCCAAUCUAACCGUUCACAUAAACCAUCUCUGCCCUCACAGGUACCCAUUUUACCCCUGGGUGGAGAGAAGCAAUUGUUAAGUGUCUUGCUCAAGGACACAAUUGUCACGACUGGGAUUCGAACCCACAUCCCGAUUAAUGAGCCACCUGAACUUGAGUCCGUUGCUCUUAUGCGCUUGGCCAGGACACCCCCAAAGGUAAAUUAUGUUACAUACAUUACAUCUUAAUUCACAGUGAGGAGGGAUUCAUGUCAUGGCCAAAAACUUGAUAUACUAAAGAUAUUUUUUAUUGAUGUAUCAAACCUUUUAAGUGUCUUGUCAAACUAUGGUUUGUCAAUCAGCGCACAUCUUGUUAUUGAUUGUUUGUUUGUUGUUUUAUUUUGAGACAUUGAAGGUCUAAGCCUAUUAGAAAGUUACCGGCGGGGCAUGCAAUUACUACUACAUAGAUUUGCUAAAAAUAAUUUUUUUAAGAAUAAAAAGAUAUUAUAUAUUGGUAUGUUGGUAUAUUUGAUUGACAUCAUCACAUUGUGACCAAAAGGUCAAAAUGUUUUACAAGAUAAAAACAUCAAAAUCAAAGUAGACAGUCAAACCAUUAUCUGGCAGGAGGAGAUCAUUUGUACAAACCUCGAAAGGCAAGCCCUACAGCAAGUCUAGAAGAAAAGAUUCUCCCCUGCCAACUAGACAAAUAACUUAUUAAAAAAGCAGUUAUAAAAACAAGUUUCUUGUACAUGUAUAAAUUGAUAAAUAUAUAAAAAUAUAAAUAUAUAAAUUUUGUAAAAUUUGAAAAAUGCCCCCCUGACAGCUAGAGAUUCAAUCCUGCAUUCUAAAAAGUCACACGACAAAUAAAUUAUUAAAAGCAGAAUUAUAAAACGAGUAUCUUUACAUGGUAUAUAAAAACUUGUAAUAUUUGAAAAAAAGUCCCAGCACAUUUGAUGUUUAAAUUAAAAUGUACUGCUUACAGCUG